AAAUGCAAUACGAAUUAAAUUCGUUGACCAAUAUCUGGAUCUUGGUCAAACACAUCAAGAAUCUUGCCCAACAAAAGCCCUAACAAACCACCUGUCCCAAAACCCAUAUACACUGCAAUGGAGACGGAGAGGCUGUGCUACGGCGGAGCUACGGUGGCAGAAGCCUUCAGUUUGAUGGUCCAGUCUUCUCUGCUUGCCCAUAAGUCCAUUUGUUGUCUUCUGUUUUUGAUUAGAUCAUUGGCCAACAAUGCUGAUGCUUUAACUAGACUUCUUGAAUCAGAGAAGAGGUUUCCAUUUAGUGACCUUCACGACAUUUCAAGCCCUGAUGCUGAAUGCAAAGACAACGGUGAAACAGAUGACGAUAGUGAUGACGACGAUGAAGAUUCUGGUGGUGAUGAUGAUAGUGAUGACGAUGAUGCUGAAUAUUCAUCUGGAGAAGACGAUGAUGAGCAAGGUGAUCCCGAUAGUGAUUCUGAUGCCAAUGACGACGAUGAUGACGACGAUGAUGAAAAUGACGAUGAUGAUGAUGACGAUGACGAAGAUGAUGAUGAUGAAGACGACGAAGAUGAAGACAACCAACCGCCUUUUAAGAAGAAAAAAUAGGGAAACAAUAUUGUUUCCAUUAUGCUCAUGUAUUCUGUCAUCAUUUUAGUAUUCGAGGUUUAACCAGGACAAAACAUUGUUUUUGCAAUCUCUAAUUUUGUUCUCCCUCAAGCAGCAGAAGCAAAUCAAAUAUUUAGCUAUCA